AUACGAUUGAAACCCUUAAGACUCGGGCACCUCGUCCGCCAGCCGUAAUAUUUGUCUCCGUCGAUCUCCGUCGAUCGCUCCCAAAAAAUUAUUCACAUGAUAGCAUUUUAAAUUGCAUGCCUUCACGGUGCUUUAGAGGUAGGCAAAUCACGAGUUUUUACAGAAGCUGUUUAUGAGUUGCUUUGCUACUGUGUCAAGUUUUUGAAGGUGCAACCAUGGGAAGUGCUUUUCAGAACAUUAUUCCAUCUGUUGGAAUUCCAUCAGUGCUAUGAAUAUUGUUUCUGCUCAACUCUGCUCAAGUAACAUCAGUACAAGAGGUUACAUGCAACGACGACAACAACAACAACAAAAAAACAACUACAACAACAAAGCCUUUAUACCAACUGUUUAGGGUGUGCAAGUGGUUAUAUGAGGACUCUAAAUAAACAUGAAAGAUUUCCUUAAAGAAUGAUUAAAGGGGUUCGAUGCAAAUCAACCAGUGAACAGGAAAAAAACUAAAUUUUAAGGAGAAAUAUAUUUAAGGAGUGACUGAAGGUUUAAGAAGUAAUUAUCUGUCCAUAGAGAACAUUAGGCUUAGCGUGGGCUUUGAUGAGAGUGAGUUCCCCACCUUAUAACAUCAUGUCAGCUGUGAAGUACAUCAGCACUGAACAAGGAUUUCAUUCAAUUCCAAACCUUUCUGCUCUAAAAUUAACUCGGAAGUCUGAAACUGUCAAUACAAAAACUUCUGAUGAAGACAAACUUUCCACAAGUGUUAAAGCUACUCCAGAAAUUGAAAAGAAAUAUGUGCAUCGUGUUUAUGAUGCCAUUGCUCCCCAUUUCAGUGCAACACGAUUUGCUAAAUGGCCAAAAGUUGCCGGAUUUCUAAACUCUGUAACCCCCGGUUCUAUUGUCUUAGAUGCUGGUUGUGGAAAUGGGAAGUACUUGGGAUUUAAUUCAGAUUGUUUUUACAUAGGAUGUGACAUUAGUCCUCCACUGAUUGAUAUUUGUGCUAGAAGAGGGCAUGAGGUUUUGGUUGCAGAUGCUGUUAAUCUUCCUUAUAGAAGUAAUUAUGGUGAUGCUGCUAUCUCUAUUGCUGUUCUGCAUCAUUUGAGCACAGAAAGUAGGAGAAGGAAAGCUGUGGAAGAAUUAGUUCGAGUUGUCAAAAAGGGAGGUCUUGUUUUAAUUACGGUGUGGGCUGUAGAACAAGAAGACCGUUCUUUGCUCACAAAAUGGACACCUCUUUCUCAGAAGUAUAAUGAAGGCUGGAUAAGUCCAAGCAGUCCUCGAGUUCGUAAUUCUUCAACAGUAACUCUACAAAGCAUCCCAGAGACUAACUUAUCAACUGAUGAAAAAAUUCAACUAGCUGUUGAUGGUAAAGUAAAAGAUGAACCCAUGAAGACUCCUUCAGCUUUAUCUAGCGUGAGAGAAAAUGGUGCGACUGAUGAGGGGAAGGCUAAAACUAACCAAGAGUACUUUGUUCCUUGGCAUUUACCAUAUCAUCGUGCUGAAAUUGGUGGUGCAUCAGCUUCUGCCCUUGCGAAUGGCCUAGCAAAGAAGGAUGAUACAAAAGGAGCCAUGGUUUAUAACCGAUACUAUCAUGUCUUUGCUGAAGGUGAACUUGAGAGGUUAGUAACCGGUAUAGAUAACGCUGCAAUUUUGGAUCAAUUCUAUGAUAAAUCCAACUGGUGCAUCGUACUCCAGAAGAUCUGAUCCAUCAAUAAACCCCUCCCUUUCUGAGAGGAUGUGUUUGUAUUUCAUAUACAUGGAAAACUCUAAAACACUACGCUGAUACCUGGGUUGUUUGAGUUGUUUUGGCUCAGCGUGUUGUUUAUUUUGCAGACGUUGGUUAUUUUUACGACGACAUCAAUUCCUAUAAAUUUGCUUCGAGUUGUAUCGGUUCAGUGUUAUUAUUACUACUAUUAUUAUUUUUGGCGAAUAAGAGGUCAUAUCCUGUGAUACGAUGAGUUCCCAUC